ACGACAAGGGCUCGUCCCAAGCCUAUCGGAAGCCCCCCAUGUCUACGUCUCCUUGAAAAAGGAUCAUCUCCAUGGACUUAACGAGACACUGAUGAGCGAGAAAGAGCCGGGAAUGUUACUUGUUUGAGAGCUGAUCCACGGGCAGCAGCAGAUAGUGGCAUCGAAGAGGAACAGCGCAACGGCUUAGGAAAUCCAGAGCCAUUAGGCCGCGGCUGAUCUAAUGGAGCUACAACUUUGCACACGCCCAAUCUCAAUGGGACUUUUCAAGCGGGAUGCUAGGGCCCGAAUCUACAAAAACUACGAGGGUUAAGUGUCUUCAUACGUGAACCCCCCCGCAAUACCGGAUUCGCCGAAGGAUUCUGCCUGUACAACACUGCUUACGCCCGUUACACUUCUGGUCCAUUGUCGGGGCUCUUGGAACCAGCAUGGCUGUGCUGACUGAUACCUUAACCUAGGCAGCAUACUGACUCGUGUUAUAUAAGUCAAGAGCCUUGUCCACUAUCAAAAGCGACCAGAAACCAUUCCCUCCCUCUCUUACUGUCUCCACCAUCUGCAUACUCAGAAACGUAACAAGUUUGGACCAUCGCAGGCACAAUGGACAAGCUGGAGAAGAAAACGCUCGAUGUCACGCGGGGCUUCACUUACACAUACUAUACCAGUCCUGCCAAGGAUGGUCGCCCUACUUUGUUCUUGGUCCAUGGUUUCCCAGAUGCCCCGGAUACAUAUGAGGAAGCGAUUCAAGACUAUCUGCUCCCCAACGGAUACGGUGUCAUUGCGAUAGACUGCUUAGGCUACAAUGGCACCUCCAAGCCCACCGACAAGGAAUCCUACAACAUGCAGUUGAUGUCCCAGGACCUCAAAGAGAUCAUUGACAAGGAAGGACUCGACAAGGUCAUUCCCCUGGGCCAUGACUGGGGCUCCGGUGUCGUUCAACGCUUCUACAACUUCCACGCCGACCGAUGUUGCGGCCUGGUCCUCCUGAACGUCGCCUACAUGCCCCCACCAGCCGAACCGUUCAACCUCGACAACACUCUCGAACUCACCAAAGGAAUCUUCGGCUACGGCACCUACUGGUACUGGAAGCUGUUCACCGCCGACGACGGCGCACAGGUCAUGGACGCGCACCUGGAGCCCAUGUGGGACGUCGCGCACGGCGAACCCGAGACGUGGCUCGAGACACUGUGCAAGCCCGACGGGGUCAGAAGCUUCCUUCUCGCCGAUAAGAGGCAGCCCACGAUGGCCUACGCGACCGAGGAGCGCAAGCAGAAGUGGAUCGCCUCUAUGAAGGAAGGCGGCUUCGACGCGCCGCUGAACUAUUACCGCUCCAUGGUGUUUGGCGUGCAGGACCAGGCAAACGCCCACAUCCCCAAGGAGAACAUCCCCGUCAAAUGCCCGCUCUUGUUCUGGGGUGGCAACAGGGAUAUGGUUUGCAGGCCCGAGUUGCUGCAGAUGAGUCUGGAUGCUGGCUUGAUCCCGGACAGCACCCAAGUCGUGGUGGAUUCGGGACAUUGGGCUCAUUUGGACAAGCCGAAGGAGUUUGGAGAGGCUCUGGUAGGUUGGUUGAAGCAGAAAUUCUGAGAGGUAAAGCUUUAGGGCACGACGCUCGAGACCUGGGAAUUGCGAUCAUUUUUGUCUGGUCGAAUACUUGUUUUGUCAUCAACUGGCCAGUUCAGACCCUAGAUGACUUUAUGCCCAUCUUUCUCAGACAGAUAGCCAAUGGACUCGGAUUGAUCAUAAAUCAAAAGAAUGACCGCCACUGGUCAUCAGAGUUCUCAAGCGGAUGCCUUUGGAAGCGAAACCUCCAC